UCCUGAGCGGGCACGAUGGAGCCGCGGCGCCGGAGCUGCAGCCUGGCCGCCGGCUGCCUGGUGCUGCUGCUGGGGUGCUGGGGGCCGCAGGAGGCGGCGGCGGCGGCUUGCCAUGGAUGUACGUCUUUAUCCAAAUGUGAUUGCAGCGGAGUAAAAGGUGAAAAGGGUGAAAGGGGAUUCCCAGGCUUGGAAGGACAGCCAGGUUUGCCUGGAUUUCCAGGACCAGAAGGACCACCUGGUCCAAGAGGCUCGAAGGGUGAUGAUGGUCUUCCAGGGCCUAUUGGACCCAAAGGAAUCAGAGGACCUCCAGGGCUUCCCGGCUUUCCAGGAACACCAGGACUCCCUGGAUUGCCAGGACAAGAUGGGCCACCAGGACCUCAGGGUAUCCCAGGAUGCAAUGGAACAAAGGGAGAGCGUGGAUUCCCAGGCAGUCCAGGUUUUCCUGGUUUACAAGGGCCUCCUGGACCCCCUGGUCUGCCAGGAAUGAAGGGUGAAGCAGGUGAAGUAAUUACAUCCUUGCUGCCAGGACAAAAAGGUGACCCAGGAUUUCCAGGUCUUCCAGGGAUACCUGGCCCACCCGGCUCCGUGGGAAUCCCAGGUCCAGUUGGCCCUCCAGGGCCCCCAGGUUUGACGGGACCUCCUGGUCCACCAGGGCUGCCAGGACCCAAGGGUAAUAUGGGUUUGAAUUUCCAAGGACCUAAAGGUGAAAAAGGUGAACAAGGUCUUCAGGGACCUCCAGGGCCACCAGGACAAAUUGGAGAGCAGAAAAGACCAAAUGACAUUGAGUUCCAGAAAGGAGAUCAGGGUAUUCCAGGUGAUCCAGGCCCACCAGGACUUCCUGGGCCACCAGGCCCUCCUGGUCUUCCCGGUGGUGUAAAAGGUGAAAAAGGUGAGCAAGGAGAACCAGGCAAAAGAGGAAAGCCUGGCAAAGAUGGAGAACCCGGUCACCCUGGUAGAGAUGGUUUACCUGGUGGGCCUGGAAUAAACGGUGCUCCAGGAAGAGAUGGAGAAAAGGGUGAAAAAGGUGACAUGGGUCCCCCUGGUCCUCCUGGAUUUGUUGUUCCAAGACCAGGCAUCGAUGUGACAGUGGGACCAAAAGGUAGCAAAGGAUUGCCAGGACUUCCAGGAGCUAAAGGGGAGCGUGGAUUCUCUGGCAGGCCAGGCCCACCCGGCUUGCCAGGAUCUCCAGGGAUCACUACUGUUGGACCUCCUGGCCCACCUGGCUUACCUGGGGAGAGAGGACAGAAAGGAGAUCCAGGUUUACCUGGGGUUUCUAUUCCUGGACAACCAGGAGCUGAGGGACCACAAGGACCGCCAGGACCACCAGGUCCCCCAGGGCCACCUGCACCAUCUGUUGCUCCUGGUGAAGGCUUAUGUGAGCAAGGGCCACCAGGUCCUCCAGGAAUUCCAGGAGAACAAGGUUUUACAGGGGAGCGAGGCCAAAAAGGUGAUCGAGGAGACACAUGUUUCAACUGCAUAGGAACUGGAGUGAUUGGUCCUCCUGGGGAGAGAGGAGCGCCGGGACCUCCGGGUAGUCCAGGUUCUCCUGGUUUUCCUGGACCAAAAGGUGAAAAGGGGCUUCCUGGAUUAACUGGCCUUGUAGGGCCACCAGGGUUCCCAGGCACCCCAGGUGCUCCUGGAAGACCUGGUCCUAAAGGAGACCCUGGGGAUGUCUUGACUUCUCCAAGAAUGAAAGGUGACAAAGGAGACCCCGGCCUCCCAGGACCUCCAGGUCUCCCUGGCAUAGAUGGCGCUCCUGGACGAGAUGGACUGCCAGGUUUGCCUGGCCCUAAGGGGGAACCUGGCAGUGUUGCAUUCAAAGGAGAGAUGGGUAUUCCAGGUGACCCAGGGAUACCAGGUCUUCCUGGAGAGAAAGGCCUGCCUGGGCCUCCUGGUUUUGGUCCACAAGGCUUACCUGGUGAAAAGGGCAUCCAAGGUGUAUCUGGCCGUCCAGGGCCUCCUGGUGUUCCAGGUCCAAAAGGUGAGCCUGGCCAGACCAUUACAGAACCAGGAGUUCCUGGUCCCCCUGGUCCUCCAGGAAGAAACGGUGAUCCAGGUCUUCCAGGAGAUCCUGGUCAGCCAGGUCAGCGUGGUUUACCUGGCAUCCCAGGUGCCAAGGGAGAGCCAGGUAUUCCUGGCAUUGGACUUCCAGGCCCACCAGGCCCAAAGGGCUUCCCAGGGACUCCAGGCCCACCCGGAGCUCCAGGAACUCCAGGUCGCCCUGGUCUGGAUGGACCUCCUGGACCACCUGGUUUCCCAGGACAGAAGGGAGACCGUGGAUUUGGAGUUCCAGGACCACCUGGGCCCCCAGGACCCCCAGGCAUCAAAGGAGUUCAAGGACCUAAAGGUGAUCCUGGCUUCCCAGGAAACCCUGGUCUCCCAGGCCGGGCAGGCUUUGAUGGAACUCCAGGACCCAAAGGUGACCCUGGACCAAGUGGACCACCAGGACUUCCAGGCCCACCAGGCAUCCCUGGCAUUGGUGGUCAAGGUCCUCCUGGAUCUCCAGGGCCUCCAGGUCCUGUUGGCCCCCCAGGUUUGCAAGGCAUUCCAGGGGAGAAAGGGGAUCCAGGUCCUCCAGGCUUCGACAUUCCUGGUCCUCCAGGUGACCAAGGAGCUCCAGGGUAUCCAGGACCCCCUGGGCUACCAGGGCCUCAGGGUUCGCCUGGGCCACCUGGCAGGGAUGGAAUCCCUGGAUUUCCAGGUGCCAAAGGUGAGAUGGGUGUCAUGGGAGCUCCUGGUCCUCCAGGGCCUCCAGGAACUCCUGGAAGAAAUGGCCUGCCUGGCUUGAAAGGUAAUAGUGGAUUACCUGGUCCACCAGGGCCUCCUGGGCCAGUGGGGCAGAAAGGCACCAAAGGUGAAGCAGGUCUGCCAGGGCCACCUGGAACACUUGAUCCCAAACAGCUGGGAGCAAAAGGAGAAAAAGGAGAGCCGGGCGUUCCAGGUAUUCCUGGUUUAUCAGGCCAGAAAGGUUAUCAAGGUCUCCCAGGGGACCCAGGCCCACCAGGACUCAGUGGCCCACCAGGGGUGCCAGGAUUGCCAGGCAUCAAGGGAGACAUGGGGCUUCCUGGGCAGCCAGGACCAACAGGACCUCCAGGAUUAAAAGGAGCUAUGGGAGAGAUGGGACUUCCAGGUCCACCCGGGCUUAAGGGCAGCCAAGGAAUAGCAGGACGUCCAGGGCAGCCUGGGCCUGCAGGAUUUCCUGGAUUGAAAGGGGAGAAAGGUGACCCUGGUCUUUCAGGCAUUGGUAUUCCUGGUCCCCCUGGACCAAAGGGAGAUCUUGGCUUGCCUGGAUACCCAGGUAGUCCAGGCCCUAAAGGUACAACUGGAAAUCCUGGUUUGCCUGGAUUUUCAGGCACUCCAGGUGCAAAAGGAGAACCAGGCCUUCCUGGAUUCCCAGGAACGCCAGGAAUUCCAGGACCAAAAGGUAUUGAGGGCCCUCCAGGUAAUCCUGGCCUGCCUGGACCACCUGGGCCAGUAGGUGAUAUUGGUCGUCCUGGCCCUCCUGGCCCUUCAGGGGAAAAGGGACAACCUGGUCGAGAUGGAAUCCCUGGACCAGCGGGUCAGAAGGGUGAACCAGGUCUACCAGGUUUUGGGCGUCCAGGACCUCCAGGACUCCCAGGAUUGUCAGGGCAGAAAGGAGAGCUGGGGUUACCUGGCCCACCGGGACCCCCUGGACUUCCAGGUCUGAAGGGAGAACCAGGUUUCCAGGGUUUCCCUGGUCUGCAGGGUCCACCAGGCCCGCCAGGAAUUCCAGGGCCACCUCUGGAAGGUCCUAAAGGUAGCCCGGGCCCACCGGGUGUUCCAGGAAGGCCAGGUCCACCAGGCCCAGAAGGUCCACGAGGGCCACCAGGCAGUGGAGGACUUAAAGGGGAAAAAGGGAACCCAGGUCCACCUGGCCCACCUGGCCUGACUGGCCCAAAGGGAGAUCAAGGACCACCUGGACGCCAGGGGGAUCCUGGCCGUCCGGGUCUGAACGGGAUGAAGGGUGACCCCGGGGUUCCAGGCGUUCCAGGAUUCCCAGGUAUGAAGGGUCCCACUGGACCUGCAGGACCCGCUGGCCUCACGGGCAGCCAGGGACUGCCGGGCCCACCAGGGCCGCCAGGUUUGCCAGGUACCAUAGGACGGAGCAUUGUUGUCAAGGGUGAUCCUGGUUCCCCAGGUCCUCCAGGACAGCCUGGCUCCAAAGGGCCCCCAGGGCUGCCAGGGCCACAGGGAUUGCCAGGUCCAAUUGGGCUUCCUGGUGACCCAGGGAGAGAUGGGCUUCCUGGUUUUGAUGGUCCAGCAGGACGAAAAGGCGAGAGAGGACUUCCAGGCCAACCAGGUUCACGAGGAAUUCAAGGACCUCCUGGUCCUGAUGGCUUACAGGGCCCACCUGGUCCUCCUGGAACAGCUUCUGUUGCUCAUGGAUUCCUUAUAACUCGGCACAGCCAGACCAGGGAUACACCGCUGUGUCCACAGGGAACAUCGAGAAUUUAUGAUGGAUUCUCUCUUCUCUAUGUGCAAGGAAAUGAGAGAGCACAUGGCCAGGAUUUGGGUACUGCUGGGAGCUGUCUUAGACGUUUCAGCACCAUGCCCUUCAUGUUCUGUAACAUCAACAAUGUUUGUAACUUUGCCUCAAGGAAUGAUUAUUCCUACUGGCUGUCAACCCCAGAGUCGAUGCCCAUGAGCAUGGAGCCCCUGACUGGGCAGAGCAUCCAGCCAUUCAUUAGCAGGUGUGUUGUGUGUGAAGCUCCUGCUAUGGUGAUAGCUGUCCACAGCCAGACCAUUCAGAUCCCUCCGUGUCCUCCGGGCUGGGACUCCCUCUGGAUUGGUUACUCUUUCAUGAUGCACACGAGUGCUGGAGCAGAGGGCUCUGGACAGGCCUUGGCAUCGCCCGGAUCCUGCCUGGAAGAGUUCCGCUCGGCUCCGUUCAUCGAGUGCCACGGUCGGGGCACCUGUAAUUAUUAUGCCAAUUCAUACAGUUUCUGGCUGGCCACUGUAGAGGUGUCAGAAAUGUUCAGCAAACCUCAGUCAGAGACACUGAAAGCUGGAGACUUGAGGACGCGUAUUAGCCGCUGUCAAGUUUGCAUGAAGAAGACGUAACAUCUUGGAGAAUGUUUUAUAAAACAGUUGAAAAUUCCUAAGAUGCACUGUCUUCCAGCUGCAACAAUGGUGCUACUGUGCAGAAAGAAAAAAGAAAAAAAAAAACCAACAAACCAACAAAUCCAAACUGUUUUAACCAUGCAAAUUCAAGUGUACCUCACUCACGUGCCAAACUAAGGGUCGUUCAGUACGGAUUUGACAAGGGGACUGAGAUGAAAGAAAUGACCUCUUGGAAACAGAAAAGAA